AUGAAUGCAGGUGAUGAGAUUUUGAAAAAACACUUGCAAAUGUCGAAAUUGCGUUACACCAGCCCAAAAGUACAAAAUGAAAUAAUACAGAUAGCUGGAAAUAUUAUUCUUGACAAAAUUGUUGCAAAGAUUAACAAAUCGAAAUACUUCAGUGUUCUUGCGGAUGAGACCACGGAUAUAAGUGGUGUGGAACAGUUUUCUAUUUGUGCACGAUAUGUAGAUAAAGUCAAUGAUAAAAUGGUUUUGAGAGAAGCUUUCCUUAAAUUUGUGGCCGUCCAUGACGUUACUGGACUUGGAUUGAGCAACACUCUAAUCGACAGCUUGAAAGACAUGAAGUUGAAUAUGUCAUUUUUACGUGGCCAAGGAUAUGAUGGCGCGAAAGCAAUGAAUGAGACUGCAAAUGCUGAAACUGCUCAGAAAGCAUUUAUGUUCCAGCAAUCAAUUCAAAAUUCAAGCUUUAUCAUAGCAAUGCUUGCUAUUCACGAGCUGUUCUCGUUUACUCAGCCACUAUCCGUAUGUUUGCAAGCCAAAAACAACGAUUUGGCAUCGGCAAUAGAAAUGGCCGAUAAUCUCAGCCACAUGGUGAAAGAAAUGCGGGAAAACUCCAAAACAAAAUUUAACGAAAUUUUUGUAAAUGCUUCCGAACUGGCAAAAGAAAUCGGAAAAGAAAUAACAGUUCCAAGA